AUGAAUUACGGAGACUACGGGGGAGGUGGAUCGCGUUACGGAGAGUCGAACCCUUACGCUUCGACGGGCUACAACACGCAGUCUCAUCAAGCUCCAUAUCACGAUUCUUCAGCUCAAGAUUCCCAACCUCCCUAUACUUCCGCGCCCUACCCACAGCAAUACUCAGCGCCGCCACAACGACCACCUGGGGACCGCCCUUAUCAACCCGGGGGAAAUGGCAACCAAAAUAACAGGACACAGCCUGGUAGACAUCAAAACACUCACGACGCGGGCAUAGAAAUGAGUAACCUCAAUGGUGCCCCCAAUUUCGAAGCAGACCCAAGGGCUAUCCUCAACGAAUGCGCUGACAUCGACGUCGCCAUCAACGAAGUUCAGACCCGUUUGACCGAGGGGGACCAAAGUCUUCGAAAGCUGCAAGAAACUGCUAUCGGUGACCCGGACGCUAGCAAGUACAAUGACAAGAUAGAGGAAGAGACUGCCAAGUUUAUGGCAAUUUACAAAAACCUCAGCAACCGCAUCAUAAGGAUAAAAAAACACCCAAGAUCAGGGGAUCCAAGAAACGCCCCCACGGUCACGCGUGUGGCUGGCAAAGUUCAGACAGCCAACCGGGAAUUCUUCGCCUUCAACAAUGAUUUCUCGAAAAGAUUGAAGGAGCAAUAUGCUAGACAAUGGCUCAUCGCCAAUCCAGGAGGGACAAAGGAACAAGCUUACGAGGCUGCUGAUGAUCCUGGUAAUGGCAAAGUAUUUCAACAAAGCUUCCAAACUACCAAUAGACGUGGGGAAGCUAGAUCAGCAUUGAGUGCGGUUGAAGGACGACAUAAAGCAAUACAAACUAUUUUGCGAACAUUGGCUGAGGUUACUGAGCUCUUCAACCAAGUCAACGAUGCUGUGAUCGUGCAACAAGUCGCCGUUGAGAACAUUGAAGAGAAAGCGCAAGAUACUACCAACAACCUCCAGAAGGCUGACCAAGAACUCGCCGGUGCAAAUGAAAAGGCACGAGCUGCGAGGAAGAAGAAGUGGAUCUGCUUGGGUAUCUUCAGUAUGUCUCCAUUGAGGUUCGACGUCUUGGUAUCAAGCUCGGCUGGCCCGCCGGCCACUGCUCACCCAGAGCAUAACUACUGCUGCGUCUUUGGUCCGGCAGCUACCCUCUGGUUCUCAUUCCUCGCACGUCGCAUCAACUUCCCAGGUCGUCCCGUCAUCACCACCCUUAGCCGGGUAGGAGUCGAUCAGACGGUCUUCGCCUCAACCAACAUGUUCUGCUUCCUCACCAGCAUGGCCUACAUGGAGGGCAAGGAUCCACAACAAGCACUACGGGAGAAAUAUUUCGAAGCGCUGAAGAAGAACUGGAUCUUGUGGCCGCCAGUACAAGCGAUCAACUUGUCCAUCGUACCAGCCGACGCAAGAGUAUUCGUUGUCAAUAUUGUCAGCUUAGGUAAGUCAAGCCUCCUUGAAUGA